CAUGCGAAUCCUCCCUUCGCCCUUUCCUUUCUCUAAACUGAAUAAUACCCAAUUUAAGAUUUCCGGUAAAUCUCUGUUCUUCAAUAACACCGUUAAUCUUCGAUUUUUAUAAUUUCUGGAAUGAUUAAUUUACGCCAUUUUUUUCCAUCCGCCAUUGAUAUGCUUGCUUGGAGAGGCUUUAUUUUCACCAUUUUUAUCCUUAAUUUUGUUCUUGCUUGCCACCUUCUACUUCUUCAACCUCUCGUCUCUGCCUCAGAUGGAAAUCCAGUGAAAGCAGAUGAUUUAUUGGAAAGGGCUUCUCAAAGUAUAAAAGUGAAACGCUAUAGUGAGGCACUUGAGGAUCUAAAUGCCGCUAUUGAGGCAGUUCCAGCACUCUCAGAGGCAUAUUCACGUCGGGCAAGUAUUCUUCGUGAAUUGUGCAGGUAUGAAGAAUCAGAGGUUAAUUAUAAAAAGUUUCUGGAAUUGAAGCCUGGAGAUGUAGAUGCUGAAAGGGAGCUUGCUCAGUUGCAACAGGCUCGAAGUGCACUAGAAACAGCUUCUAGUCUUUUUGAUUCAGGAGAUUUUAAGAAAGCAUUGGAAUAUGUUGGCAAAGUUGUGCUUGUUUUCUCUCCUGCAUGCUCGAAGGCCAAAAAUUUGAAGGUAAAAUUGUUGCUGGCAUCAAAAGACUAUUCAGGCGUCAUUGCUGAAACUGGCUACAUUCUGAAAGAAGAUGAUAAUGACCUUGAUGCUUUGCUUGCUAGAGGUCGUGCCUAUUACUAUUUGGCAGAUCAUGAUGUUGCCAUGAGACAUUAUCAAAAAGGACUUCGUCUAGAUCCAGAACACAGUGAACUGAAGAAAGCUUAUUUUGGAUUGAAAAAAUUGGAAAAGAAAACAAGAAGUGCCGAACAAAAUGUAGAGAAAGGUAAAUUGCGUCUUGCAGUGGAGGACUACAAAGCUGCUCUUGCUCUAGACCCUGAUCAUGUUGCAUACAAUGUGCAUCUUCAACUUGGCUUGUGCAAGUUGUUAGUGAAAUUGGGUAGAGGGAAGGAUGCGUUGAGUAGUUGCUCUGAAGUCUUAAACAUUGAUGAAGAGCUUACCGAAGCUUUGGUUCAGAGGGGUGAAGCAAAACUUUUGACGGAAGAUUGGGAAGGAGCAGUGGCUGAUCUGAAAGCUGCAGCUCAAAAGUCGCCCCAGGACAUGAGCAUUAGAGAAGCAUUGAUGAGAGCUGAGAAAGCUUUAAAGUUGAGUAAACGCAAAGACUGGUACAAAAUUCUCGGUGUCUCAAAAACCGCGUCUAUUGCGGAUAUAAAACGUGCCUAUAAGAAGCUAGCUUUGCAGUGGCAUCCAGACAAGAAUGCUGACAAUAGAGAGGAAGCUGAGAACAAAUUUCGUGAAGUAGCGGCAGCAUAUGAGGUCCUAGGGGAUGAGGAAAAGCGUGUAAGAUAUGACCGAGGAGAGGAUGAAGACGGCAUGGGUAUGGGCGGUGGAGGUGGAGGUGGAGGUGGUUUCGGUUUUGGAGGUUUUGAUCCGUUCGGUGGUGGUGGGGGACAACAAUAUACAUUUCACUUUGAAGGCGGCUUCCCUGGUGGUGACUUUGGCGGAUUUCAUUUCUAAUGGUGCUUUCCUCUCUCUCUCUCUCUCUCUCUCAUCUCUCUGUUCUGCAUAUACUCAACGGUCACCGGUGAAAUCCGACUUUUUUUUCCUAACACCUGAUUGUCUUGUUGGUAUCUCUCAAAUCUUAGCCUUCUUUAAAGCCUGUUAUAUUGAUACUCAACCCAAAAGCUAGUAUCAAAACUUGAUUUGUUUUCCAAGAAAAAUGUAUUUAGAUUUAGUCCAUACUUCUUGUCACAUUGUCAUGUAAUUUAUUCGUACGUUCCCGUUUUUAUUCAACAUCUAGACAGUGAUUAUAGAAAUAAAUUAGGGAAAAGCAGGUUUCGAGGAUUUGGAGUGUGUACAAUUUUGGUGAUAUAAUGCCAAUGAUCUUCGGCUC